AUGUUAUCAGCUUGUGCUACGUUUCUUCUUACGCGCAUUCAACCACAGAAAACAGUUUUAGUUGGAAUAAUUCUGAUAGUUUGUUCUUGGAUCAUUUUGUUCGCCAAAUCUACAUCUAAUCAAGAAGAAACAAAUUUUAUGUUGUCAACAGCAAUGCCCUCUACGGAAAUCAUAGAUACCUCAUCAUAUGCUGAUGUUACUGAUUAUGAAUGA